GAAAGAAGAAGAAGAAGAAUACCGACUUCCCUUGUUGCUUCUUCUGACUUAGUUACGACACAGUAACGAUCAAUCUCGAGCUCCAUGUGGGUCAUUACCGGGGUUCAUAACUGUUAAUUUAUCUUGACGAAGUUUUAUGAAUUAAGGUCGAAAAUAUGAGCACACUAUGGAUGGGAAACUUGGAGCCCUAUAUGGACGAGAAGUUCAUUACCCGAGCCUUUGGGACUAUGGGGGAGCUGGUGGUGAGUGUCCGGAUCAUCCGCAACAAGAUGACGGGUAGGGGCGCGGCAGGGUACUGCUUCGUGGAGCUGACAGAUGAAGCCACGGCUGAGAGGUGUCUCCGCAAAGUCAACGGGAAAGCCCUACCUGGGGCCACGCCGCCUCGAAGAUUCAAGUUAAACCGGGCCACCUUUGGGAAGCAAGGAGAAAGCAGUCCACUCUACUCGCUGUUUGUGGGAGACCUCACACCUGAAGUGGAUGAUGGGAUGCUGUAUGAGUUCUUCUAUAACCGCUACCCGUCCUGUCGUGGGGGGAAGGUGGUGCUGGACGCCGUGGGCAACUCCAAAGGCUGUGGGUUUGUCCAGUUCCCAGAUCAGAGGCUUCAGAAGCGAGCGCUGGAGGAGUGUCAGGGUGCCGUGGGGCUGGGAAGCAAGCCUCUACGACUUAGCCUGGCUGCCAACAAAACAAGACAAAGUCAACCCGAGAACAGGGGGUGGGGGUCACACGGAGGGGAAUACCGGCACAACCAGUAUCAGUACAACCAGCACGUUCAGCAGCCAUAUGGCGGCGGCUGGGGUGGCUGGGGCUACGACCAGAACGGAGCCGGUUACGGGGGCUACGGCUACAACCAGUACGACUACACGCAGAACUAUCCCCAGGAGAGUGAAGCUGUUGAAGACGACGGUCUGGAAGAUCCAAACCCAGAGCUGGAUGUUCUAGAAGCCAACAGGAUGUUUAUGGAACACAGUGAAGAACUGUAUGAUGCACUUAUCGAGUGCCACUGGCAACCUUUGGAAUCCCCAGAACUGGCCUUUGGCAGCACAAGUAGCCUUCCAGAACCUAUCUACUGUUGAGGCCUUAGAUGGAACAGCAAGGGAAUCUGUGUUCUUUAGCUUUUCAUUUUUGGUUCUCUAGAUCUUGUAAGAAUGAGAAGUUGAAGGCAUAUCUUUAGUACAUAACUGCCCUUUGCUUACGGACAUUAUUUUCUGGUAGUUUUAUUUUGUGCAUUUUAUUAACAUGCAUCUUUUAGAAAGGCAGUGAACGACUGGCCCAUCCUGAACUGAGACUAGCUACCUGUUCUCAUUUGCUGUGCAAUGUUUUGUUUUUCAAUUUAGUGACUUAUGUAAUAUUGCCCUCUGCCUUUUGUCUGUGUCGAUGUGUUUUUCUAAAGAUGGAAUAAAUGUAUGUUUCGUGUU